UGUCUGUGUUCACCACUUUGGAUCCCAGAAUAGUCAGGAAAGAUAAACACUUGCUGGUUAUAAAAAGAAAGUGUUUUACAGUGACCACACUUUUUUUUACUCAGUGAGUGAUAUUGACAGGUAUUAAAUAUGUUGUUGAGGGGGUGGCAGGAGGAGAAAACAGCAGAAAUAUGGGAAUGAUUUUUUUCUUUCUGCCUAAAUAGUUUUUAACUUAAUGGGUUCAAAAUCCACAGAGAUAUCACAGAUUUUUUUAAGUGCCAUCAUGGGUAGCAGUGAAGUAACUGAUGCUUUGAUUCUCUUCGUGAGAAUCUUCUUAAAAUGCCUGCGUCUCUUAGAAAAUAGCAUAACUUAAUAUUUUUAGUUAGAUCAGUAGUUUAAAGAAACUUCAAAUAUCUGACUCUUAAACCCCAGGGUGGAUUAUAUAAAUACUUGGACCAGCAUUAAGUGGAGUAUUGUUUUAAGUAUUUAGGAUCUGAAUUUCUUACAUAUUAAUUUGGGUUGAUGAUGUACCAAAAAUGAAAUUGUUUAUACUGUAGUAGUUUGAAUGUCUUCCUAAUUUUUUAUUAACUUAGGAAAAUAUUGCUGCCUUUUUUCUUCACUAGUAAUGGCAUCAUUUCCAGCCUUUGAUUCUCCCCCACCCCCUACCAAAAAGGUAUUUCCAGAGAGGCUGUAUCUUUCUUCACAGCUUUAAUGUAGAAAUGUUUAAAAAACAACAGAGUAUAUACUAUAUUCUAAUCCUUAGGCUUACUGUGGGCUUCCUAUAACCAUAUUCUGAUCAAACUGUAAUUUAGGGGAGAUUUUCAGUGAACUAUUGGAAUUCUGCUGUAGCCAUCAAACAUCAUGCUUUGGUUUGACUGUCCAGUAGGUCCAGAUUCUACAUUUCAGUAGUCUGCCACCUUGGCAUAAAUUUGCAUUAUGAGCUUAGUUUAGACAAGUAACUAUUUCAAGGAGCUACUUGGAAAUGGAGAACUUUUCCUUCUUCCUCUUUCCAUCAACCUGAGCCCCUCCCUCCACUUUUUAUCUUUUUUAUAUUUCAACUAAGAUUUCUUUAAAAACAAGGAUUUCACCCCUUUAAGGUCAGGUGGGGUGGUAGAAACCACUGGUUUAGUCUAAGUAACUUGUGUUUAGGUUUUAGCAGGAAGAAGUAUCUAUCCUGGUCUAGCUCUCAGUACAGUGUUAGAAAUGUUUUUUCUAUGAAAAUUCUAGAUUUGCAUUCACAGUAUAACUGAUGCAGUAGUUGUCAUUCUGGUAUAUGUUCAAAUUUCAGUUCCCAAAUAUUAGAAAGUAGCAGGGUUAUGCCUGCAGGUGAUGGAAACUAGGACACACUAUCAUAUUUACUGGCAUAUUUACUGGCAUGUGAAAUUAGCACCAUAUGUUCUUAUUAGGAACUUGAAACAUACAAGAAUGCACGUAAAAAUACGAAGAAUUUGUAUACUGGAAAAUGCCAUGCUAGAUCCAUACUUGGAGUCGUUUAAAAUAUAAUCUGUAGAAGUUUGAUUUGGAGGCUUUUUUUUUUCUCCUGGCUUGAUUAUCUGUGCCUAGUCAAAGGUUUAAGAUUGGGUUUUAUGGGAGUUCUUUUUGUUGUUUUGUUUUUACUUUCUGUGAUGGCACAGUUAUAAAUACUUUUCUUCUACCCCUAAAAACAGGGACUAAAUGAUGCCAUCCUUGAUACGGUGGCUUUGCAGAGGGACUGCGAUACACAGACAAGCCCCACUGACUAUUGGUACAUUAGGUCCUGCAAAUCUUGCCUUAAGCCUGCUAAACUAGUCCUGUCAUCUGUUGGGUUCCCCUCCAUCUUCCUGACCCAGAUGAGCCUGAGUACAGCCCCUGACUAGAUCCAAGCCUUUUGGCAGAGCUCUGGUUUCAUAAAUGAUUAUAAUUACAUUUCUCAGUUAAUGACCUCUUUGCCUAAAUGAAGUUCACAGUCAUUGAUGUUGUAUCGUCAUCCUUGUACAGUCCUCCUAUACAGAUUCGGCCUCUAGUUAUUUCCUCGUGAGACAGGUUCUCUCUGCCUUUAUUUACCCUCUUUGUACUUGGUGUAAACGAGUACUUUUGCUUUUGGCAUUUGGUGAGAAAAGAGGUACAUGUAUUUGAUCAGUCUUACGUAUUCUACUUUAUAUGGUUUUAAGUCAUCAUGGCUACAGAUGUCAGAUUUUCAUUUCAGCCAUCUGACUCUUGCUUUCUGAGGAAGGAAUUGCUUUCUGAGUGGGAAUUUGGCCGGGAUUAUUGGUAAAACUUUAAUGUUUUGGCCCUAAUUAGUAGGUGUGGGUAUAAUUUGCAGAUUGAUAAGGAGUGUGGCUGAAUUAUUCAACAGUGAAUUUAAAUCAUUCUCAAAAAUCAGUAAUUUAAGUCUAGUUCAUCAGGUAGCAUAUGCUUAACCAAAAGUUACUUAACUUCAGUUAAUAAAACACUUGCAGACGUUAACUCCAUUAUUAAUGGGUUUGAGCUUUCCCCAAAAUCUUUCAGAAUUUACAAAAAUGUUUUACUCCUUCCAUACAGUGUUCUUGAUUAAUGAAACGAUGGGCCAGCACCUCUUUCAGAAUAACUGUAUCUCCCUGACAAAUUCCUAUUCUUCCUACUAGUCCCAAUUCACAAGAAUAAUUGUUUUGCAUAAAAUUCCCCAUCUUCCCUUACUUUUUCACUUCACUUCCUCUUCUCCGUCCCACUACACAGUGGGUCUACCAGAACUUUUGGUUGCAAGUAACAUGAAUCAAAACUUAAGCAAAAGUGAUCAUGUGUUUGUUCUUGUUUAUGAAAAGUUUGGGGGAGGGAUGGUUCAAGGGGGCUGUCUUUCAGGCACAGCUAGAUUGAGGACCUUAAGCAGUAUCAACAGGAGUGUUUCCCUUUCUGUGCUUUUCGCAUCAUCACUGUCCGUCCUGUUUGGGGCACAUGUCCAGGUCUGUAUUAACCAGUGUCUGCAGAGAUAGAACACUAAUUGGUUAACCUGUGUCAUAUGCGUGGUGGAGGAAGGGCCUCUUAACUGACAGCGCCUCCACUGCGGCAGGAGUGGCUCCAAGAGGAAGCUGGGCAGGGAGAAGCAAGCAUCUUUACUCCAGUGACCCAGUGCCUGCUGUAUACCCCAGAAGCGAUGGACUGUUGAAGGGGAAGAGCUGUGUCCUGUUCAACUUUCUGUUUCUAGCACAUUAAUGGGCAGGGUGCUCCAAAAAUGAUUGAUGAACAGUGGUUUCGUUCUAUUAAAUUGGAUGUUUUUCCCUUUUUUAUGCCAUGAGCUGAGAAGUUUAUGGUUUGGCUGAAGGGAGCUCUCCUUGGUAUUGGGAAAAUGGUGCUGACCUGGUCAAAAUGGCCAUGCUGAUAGCCAAGGAGGCUUAAGAGAAAGGUUUAGCCACUGGGGACAAAUGUGGAAAGUAAUCCCAUCCUUCUGCAUUCCUUUCAAUGCCCAUCUCUAGACAAUUUUUGACAUGAUUGUAAGACAUCUUCCUCCCUAAGAGUAGUGAUUGUAAGAAUUUGUUUUCAUCUCUUCCUAUUCAAAAGUGAGGAACACCCCUUAAUCUCAGGCAGUCAACUUCCUAUUUACUCUAUCCUUACCCCUCAGUUAAGAACAGAGUAAAUAGGAAGGUGUGGGCCCCAAGAAUCAGAUAGGUAACAUCAGUAAACCCUGAAGGCAGCUGUUGAUUUGAAGUUGUUAACAGCAGGUGGUGGGCUGGAAAACACAACAUAGGGCCCUUGAGUUCUUUUUCUUAUCACCCAUAAUGUCUAACAUUAACUGAUAAGAGUUUGUUGGAGACUUUCUUACAAGGAACGUUUGGCUUGUUGUUACAGGCAUAGAAAAGCUUAAGUAUACACAGGAAAUGGAGGAUGGGAGUAGGGGGGAGCCUUCUUUGCUCAUUAUAUUCCUAUACUACAUACCUGCUUUAUAUACUGAGAGAAGUGUUUUAUUUAACAAGCGAAAAACCAGAAGAAUCUCUUAAGUGCUUUUGAGGAUGCUAACGCAUAUGAAUGUGUUAUUCUAGCUCCAGAUGGACAAAAUCUUGGAAAUGGCUUCCGUGGAGGGUGCCUCCAUCUGGGGAAAGGGGCAGAUGAUAGAAUUCUCAAGGUCAUUAGAAAUGUCAGAAAUCUGCUUAUGAAGACAGUUAUAACCUUAACUCGGAAUAUUCUACAUUUUUCAAUGUAAACUUUUUCUCUUUUUUUUUUUGGCCGCACUGCAUGGCAUGCGGCAUCUUCGUUCCACAACCAGGGAUCGAACCCGCACCCCCUGUAGCAGAAGUGUGGAUUCUUAACUACUGGACUGCCAGGGAAGUCCCGAUGUAAACUUUAACUUGGAUUCCUCCUAGCUAAUCAUAGAACAAAUAACUUUUUUGUAGCAUUUUCCAAUAAGCAAUGUCACUAUUUUAUUUAUAAGCCUGUUUAAUUCAACUCAAAUAAGUAAACUCAAGAUUUAUUCUGUUGCUGAAAUAUCACCUUCUAUAAAUAAGUUUUUUGUAACUAAGCUCCCUUAGAGCAUAUUCUUACUUUUUCAGAACCGUAGGUGGAUAAAUUGGGUACAACGAAGCAGCGAGGUGCUUCACUUGGAGGUCUUGAAACAACUUUGUUAGCUGUGGGUGGGCACUUAGAACACCUGGUAUUUUCCAUAGGAAACUGGGUUUUCCUUUGUCCUGAGCUGCAGUUUGGCUCCCUAGGAUGUUUUCUGUAUAGAAGGGGGGGCGGCAUUUCCAAAUCUGUGUGUGUGUUUUGCUGUGCUCAUCCAGGAGGCAGGGAAAGCCAGAAGGGGCUGCCUCUGGGGCACGUCUGUGCUCUGAAGUGAAACAGGAUUCACACGGGAUGUUCCAGAAGAACUGGAUUUUGGCCCAUGGAGAGUUGAUAAAAUGAAUGGAGAAACAAAAUGUCUCUUUUCAGAAUUGGGUGUUUAUGGACAUUCAUUUUGAUGCCUGGUCUCUUCAGAAUUAGCCUAUAACACUUCCUGUAUUUCUGGAACACUUUUCUUAUAUUUCUGAAACAUUUGUCUAUCAGGUGGUUCUCUCUAAAUGACCUAGUUUGUGCGAACCUAGUUUUUUCUUUUUAAUCAGUUUAUUAACUGAUUUUUUUUAAAACCAUCAAAAAGAUGGUUCAGAACAAUUUAGCAAUAAAAUUUCCACAAGGAAUAAUGGAUUUGGCCUUGAAUGCACACUAAUUUGUAUCAGAAGUGACUUCUAAGUCUGUUAGCUAAACGAUAUGCAGAUUAUUAGAUGGCAGAGAGUACAGAGGACACCAUAGUCAUGCUUCAUAGCUAGGAGUUCCAUCCUGAGGAUGUGUUUUGCAGUGAACCGCAUUCAUCUUUUGGCCUCAGGUAUACUAAGUUCUGGUAACAUAUCCAGAUUUAGAAUUUCUAGAAGUUGCUGGGAUUUUUUGGUAGGCUUCAUUUUUUUUUUCCAGUUUUCGUAGUUAAUAUUGAUGUUUGGAUUUGAAUAAUAAGUGAGGUAACAUGAUAUCUUAUUACAUGUGGAUUAGUUGACUUUAUGAUUGUGGUUUACAGAUGGUAGUGGUAUUAUUCAGUGACAGCCUUGAUUAAUUAGAAACCCAGAUUUGCAUGUAUUGAAUACUAAAUUUUAAAUCCAGAUGCAUUGGCUUUUGUUUCUGCCUGUUUUUGAUUUUUAGAACUACUUUACAUCCUGCAAAAUUUAUUUGGAUUAUUAAGUCGAUGAUUAGUUUUUACACUAUUUUGUAGGAAACAUUUAUGGUCACAUUGGAAGCCAUACAAAUUCUCAGCUGCCCAAGUUUUAUUAAUUUUAUUUUCUUAACCUUUGUUUUUAAGGAACUUGGGAAAGUGGAUCUAAAUUUCUACUUUAAUGUAUUGGGUCAUUUAAAUAAUUUUUCAGUUCCCUCAUACACACAUAAGCUUUUCAUUUUUCAAAAGGGACCCCCUAAAGUCUGUAACAGUUAUUAUUUGCUCUGAUGCUGAGUGCCCGGCUUUUCCCGCUGAGUGCCCGGCUUUUCCCGUCUCAGCAUUCAUUCCGUGGCAUUAGUGAGUGCCUUUGUCCAGGUGUGGUGCUGGCUGGGGGGCAAGUUACACAGCCAUUCUUGUCUUUCGUUUGGGUGGUGUGCAGAAACUUACGGAUACCACAGCAAUACGCAGGGUAGCUCCCAGACAACAAAAACUUAUUUUCCCUGGCACUCAAAAUUAUGUGGUAAUAAUGCUGAAAUGGUGAACAUUUUUCUGUUUUCAGAGGUUCAACAUCACAAGGAGAAAAGCACUCACACUUGAUUUUAAAGUAAUCGAAACUAUGUUCCAACUUCCUGUCAACAAUCUUGGCAGUUUAAGAAAAGCCCGGAAAACUGUGAAAAAAAUACUUAGUGACAUUGGGUUGGAAUACUGUAAAGAACACAUAGAAGAUUUUAAACAGUUUGAACCUAAUGACUUUUAUUUGAAAAACACUACAUGGGAGGAUGUAGGACUAUGGGACCCUUCACUUACAAAAAACCAGGACUAUCGGACAAAACCUUUUUGCUGCAGUGCUUGCCCAUUUUCUUCAAAAUUUUUCUCUGCCUACAAAAGUCAUUUCCGGAAUGUCCAUAGUGAAGACUUUGAAAAUAGGAUUCUCCUUAAUUGCCCCUACUGUACCUUCAAUGCAGACAAAAAGACUUUGGAAACACACAUUAAAAUAUUUCAUGCUCCAAACGCCAGCGCACCAAGUAGCAGCCUCAGCACUUUCAAAGAUAAAAGCAAAAGCGAUGGCCUUAAACCUAAGCAGGCUGACAGUGUAGAGCAAGCUGUUUAUUACUGUAAGAAGUGCACUUACCGAGAUCCUCUUUAUGAAAUAGUUAGGAAGCACAUUUACAGGGAACAUUUUCAGCAUGUGGCAGCACCUUACAUAGCAAAGGCAGGAGAAAAAUCACUCAAUGGUGCAGUCCCCUUAGGCACAAAUGCCCGGGAAGAAAGUAGUAUUCACUGCAAGCGAUGCCUUUUCAUGCCAAAGUCCUACGAAGCUUUGGUACAGCAUGUCAUUGAAGACCAUGAACGCAUAGGCUAUCAGGUCACUGCCAUGAUUGGGCACACAAAUGUGGUGGUUCCCCGAUCCAAACCCUUGAUGCUGAUUGCUCCCAAACCUCAAGACAAGAAGGGCAUGGGACUCCAAUCAAGAAUUGGUUCCCUCGCUUCUGGAAAUGUCCGGUCUUUACCAUCACAGCAGAUGGUGAAUCGACUCUCAAUACCAAAGCCUAACUUAAAUUCUACAGGAGUCAACAUGAUGUCUAAUGUUCACCUACAGCAGAACAACUAUGGAGUCAAAUCUGUAGGCCAGGGCUAUGGCGUUGGUCAGUCAAUGAGACUGGGUCUAGGUGGCAACGCACCAGUUUCCAUCCCUCAACAGUCUCAGUCUGUGAAGCAGUUACUUCCAAGUGGAAAUGGAAGAUCUUACGGACUUGGGUCAGAGCAGAGGACCCAGGCACCAGCAAGAUACUCGCUGCAGUCUCCAAAUGCUUCGUCUCUCUCAUCGGGCCAGUUAAAGUCUCCUUCCCUCUCCCAGUCACAGGCAUCCAGAGUAUUAGGUCAGUCCAGUUCCAAACCUACUGCAGCUGCCACUGGCCCUCCCCCACCCAAUACUUCCUCAACUCAGAAGUGGAAAAUAUGUACAAUCUGUAAUGAGCUUUUUCCUGAAAAUGUCUAUAGUGUGCACUUCGAAAAAGAACAUAAAGCUGAGAAAGUCCCAGCAGUAGCCAACUACAUUAUGAAAAUACACAAUUUUACUAGCAAAUGCCUCUACUGUAAUCGCUAUUUGCCCACAGACACUCUGCUCAACCAUAUGUUAAUUCAUGGUCUGUCUUGUCCAUAUUGCCGUUCAACUUUCAAUGAUGUGGAAAAGAUGGCGGCACACAUGCGGAUGGUUCACAUUGACGAAGAGAUGGGACCUAAAACAGACUCUACUCUGAGUUUUGAUUUGACAUUGCAGCAGGGCAGUCACACUAACAUCCAUCUCCUUGUAACUACGUACAACCUGAGGGAUGCCCCUGCUGAAUCUGUUGCUUACCAUGCCCAAAACAACCCUCCAGUCCCUCCAAAGCCACAGCCAAAAGUUCAGGAAAAGGCAGAUAUCCCUGUUAAAAGUUCACCUCAAGCUGCAGUGCCCUAUAAAAAGGAUGUCGGGAAAACCCUUUGCCCUCUUUGCUUUUCAAUCCUAAAAGGACCCAUAUCUGAUGCACUUGCACAUCACUUAAGAGAGAGGCACCAAGUUAUUCAGACGGUUCACCCAGUGGAGAAAAAGCUCACCUACAAAUGCAUCCACUGCCUUGGCGUGUAUACCAGCAACAUGACCGCCUCGACUAUCACUCUGCAUCUGGUCCACUGCAGGGGUGUCGGAAAGACCCAGAAUGGCCAAGAUAAGACAAAUGCACCCUCUCGGCUUAACCAGUCACCAGGCCUGGCACCUGUGAAGCGCACUUACGAGCAAAUGGAAUUUCCCUUGCUGAAAAAGCGAAAGUUAGAUGAUGAUAGCGAUCCGCCCAGCUUCUUUGAAGAGAAGCCUGAGGAGCCUGUUGUUUUAGCCUUGGACCCCAAGGGUCAUGAAGAUGAUUCCUAUGAAGCCAGGAAAAGCUUCCUGACAAAGUACUUCAACAAGCAGCCCUAUCCCACCAGGAGAGAAAUUGAGAAGCUGGCGGCCAGUUUAUGGUUGUGGAAGAGUGACAUUGCUUCCCAUUUUAGUAACAAGAGGAAGAAGUGUGUCCGAGACUGUGAAAAGUAUAAGCCUGGUGUGUUACUGGGCUUCAACAUGAAAGAAUUAAACAAAGUUAAGCAUGAGAUGGAUUUUGAUGCUGAGUGGCUAUUUGAAAAUCAUGAUGAGAAGGAUUCCAGAGUCAAUGCUAGUAAAACUGCUGACAAAAAGCUCAACCUUGGGAAGGAAGAUGACAGUUCCUCAGACAGUUUUGAAAAUUUGGAAGAAGAAUCCAAUGGAAGUGAUAGCCCUUUUGACCCUGUUUUUGAAGUUGAGCCUAAAAUCCCUAAUGAUAACCCAGAGGAACACAUACAGAAGGUAAUUUCUGAGGAUGCUUUAGAGUCUGAGAAGCUAGACCAAAAAGAGGAGGAUGGUUCAAAAUAUGAAACUAUUCAUUUGACUGAGGAACCAACCAAACUAAUGCAUGACGCCUCUGAUAGUGAGGUGGACCAAGAUGAUGUUGUCGAGUGGAAAGAUGGUGCUUCUCCAUCUGAGAGCGGCCCUGGUUCCCAACAAGUGUCAGACUUCGAGGACAACACAUGUGAGAUGAAAACAGGAACCUGGUCCGAUGAGUCUUCCCAGAGUGAAGAUGCAAGGAGCAGUAAGCCAGCUGCCAAAAAAAAGGCUACCAUGCAAGGUGACAGAGAGCAGUUGAAAUGGAAGAAUAGUUCCUAUGGAAAAGUUGAAGGGUUUUGGUCCAAGGACCAGUCACAAUGGAAGAAUGCAACUGAAAAUGAUGAGCGCUUAUCCAACCCACAGAUUGAGUGGCAGAAUAGCACAAUUGACAGUGAGGAUGGGGAGCAGUUUGACAACAUGACUGAUGGAGUAGCUGAGCCGAUGCAUGGCAGCUUGACCGGAGUUAAACUGAGCAGCCAACAGGCUUAAGGGCCAGGUUCUCUGGCAUUGGUGACAAAUGCUGCAGCCUGGAACUCUGUUCUCCUUUCAGUAUGACUGCAAAGCUGUAUUCUAACUGGUACUGCCUUUUGAGUGCUGGGUCAUCAGGCUGUGGGGACACGUGGCCACUCUGAUCCAAGUGGUUAUUUCUAAGUCUAUGACACAUGAUUGGCUGAUCUUGCUUUAGAACGUGCUGUGACAGGCACAGUAACUAAAUGUGAAAAGCCAGUAAGUUGGGGGCUCAUGAACGCACAUGAGAAAAAGCAGAGGUUUAUCUGCCUUCUCAACAUGUCUUUCCCUCUGUAAAAUGUUUGGUUGGAUGUCCUUGAGAAGCGUUCUCUUGAUUCAAACGGUAGUGUAGGGCCAACGUACAAGCUACCAGUCCAAUGUGUAUAGUAGACUUUGGGGAAAUUGAUUUUUUUUCAUGUAUUCAUUCUGAAUAGUUGAAAUGUAUAUUUGUACAGUCUUUUAGACCUAUUCAAGUGAUGCUUAUGAUAUUGUUAUUGUGUACCCAUCAUAGAUUUGUUUCUUUUUUUAGUGUUGCCCUUGCUGUGUUAAUAAGCGCUGUAUCUAGUUGACCUAGCAAAAGCCUGAAACUACGCUAGUGUGGACUUCGGGACAGACUUAGUUUUUGCACAUAACCUUGUACAAUCUCGCAACAGAGGCCAGCCACAUAAGAUAUAUAUCUGGACUCUCUUGUAUUAUAGAAUUUUUCUUGUUCUGAAUAUCCUUGACAUUACAGCUGACAAAAACAAAAACUGGUAUUUCAGAUGUUUUCUGAAAUCUUUUAAGCUAAAAUCACAUGCAAGAAUUGACUUUGCAGCUACUAAUUUUGACACCUUUUAGAUCUGUAUGAAAGUGUGUUGUGUUGAAGCAGCAAACCAAUGACUGCUGCCUUUUGGAUAUUUAGUUUUAUCUUUAGUUAAACACCACCCUGGUGUAGUCAUUUAUACCAUCUAAUAUAUGACACACUGUUGUAGUAUGUAUAAUUUUGUGAUCUUUAUUUCCCUUUGUAUUCAUUUUAAGCAUCUAAAUAAAUUGCUGUAUUGUGCUUAAUGUAAA